CACGCAGCUGGAACGAGAAGGGGCGGAGCGGCCUGGUCCCGCCUCCCUCGCCACGCCGGGGCCGCCGAGGCCACCGGGCCGCCGCCUCCGCCGAGAGCGUCGCCGCCGCCUCCCUCCGCCGAGGGAGCCGGGGGGCCUGACGCCAUCAUGCUGAGCCGGCUCGGGGCGCUGCUGCAGGAGGCCGUGGGGGCGCGGGAGCCCAGCAUUGACCUGCUGCAGGCCUUCGUGGAGCACUGGAAGGGCAUCACACAUUACUACAUUGAGACCACAGAUGAAAACACCCCUGCCAAGAAGACAGACAUUCCCUGGCGGCUGAAGCAGAUGCUGGACAUCCUGGUGUAUGAAGAGCAGCAGCAGGCAGCCAUGGGGGAGGCAGGGCCCUGCCUGGAGUACCUACUGCAGCACAAGAUCCUGGAGACCCUCUGCACGCUGGGCAAGGCUGAGUACCCCCCAGGCAUGCGGCAGCAGGUGUUCCAGUUCUUCAGCAGAGUCCUGGCCCAGGUGCAGCACCCUCUGCUGCAUUACCUCAGCGUCCACAGGCCUGUGCAGAAACUUCUCCGACUUGGUGGGACAGUUCCCGGAUCCGUUACAGAAAAGGAGGAGGUGCAGCUCACCACUGUCCUCUGCUCCAAGAUCCAGCAGGACCCAGAGCUGCUGGCCUACAUCCUGGAAGGUAAAAAGACUGUAGCUAGGAAGAAGGCAUGUGGAGAACCCGAUGCCCUACCUAAGGACACAGCCAGCCACAGGGACAAGGACUGCUCCCAGGAUGGUGCUCCUGCCAGGCCCCAGCGGGAUGGGGAGCCCUGUGGGGCCCAGACCUUGAACAACCCCCUGUUGACUGAGACUGAGGAGCUGGACGGUGGGACUGCAGAGAGCAACCUGAUCACUUCCCUGCUUGGGCUCUGCCGGAGCAAGAAAAGUCGGGUGGCCUUGAAGGCCCAGGAGAACCUGCUACUCCUGGUGAGCACAGCCUCCCCAGCAGCCGCCACCUACCUGGCACAGAGCAGCCCCUGCUGCCGCGCAAUCGUCUGGCACCUCUGCCAGCUGUACCGGUCAAUGCCUGCCUUCCUGGACCCCGCAGACAUUGCCACCUUAGAGGGCAUCAGCUGGAGGUUACCCAGUGCCCCAUCUGAUGAGGCUUCCUUCCCUGGCAAGGAGGCCUUGGCUGCCUUCUUGGGCUGGUUUGAUUACUGCGACCACCUUAUCACAGAGGCACACAUGGUGGUUGCGGAUGCCUUGGCGAAGGCCGUGGCUGAGAAGUUAUUCGUGGAGACCCUACAGCCCCAGCUCCUGCACGUGUCUGAGCCGAGCAUCCUGACCUCCACUGCCCUCCUCACAGCCAUGCUGCGCCAGCUCCGCUCACCUGCGCUGCUUCGGGAGGCUGUGACUUUCCUCCUGGGCACAGACCGCCAGCCUGAAGCCCCUGGGGACAAACCCUGUGCCCUGUAUGCUCACCUCAUUGGGCACUGUGACCACCUCUCUGAUGAGAUCAGCAUCGCCACACUCCGGCUGUUCGAGGAACUGCUGCAGAAGCCCGAUGAGGGGAUCAUCCGCAGCCUGGUCCUGCGCAACCUCGAGGGCCGUCCUUAUGUGGCCCGGGGCUCGCCAGAGCCUGAGAGCUACGAGGACAACCUAGAUCUGGAGGAGGACCCCUACUUCACCGAUAGUUUCCUGGAUUCCGGCUUUCAACCUCGAGCAAAGCCUCACCCUGUUCCUGCCACCAGUUACGAUGGCAAAACAGCAGUGACCGAGAUUGUCAACAGUUUCCUGUGCCUGGUCCCUGAGGAAGCCAAGACCUCUGCCUUCCUGGAGGAGACAGGCUAUGACACAUACGUCCACGAUGCUUAUGGCCUGUUCCAGGAGUGCAGCUCCCGUGUUGCGCCCUGGGGCUGGCCUCGGACCCCUAUACCUUUGGACCUCCAUGAGCCCGAGCGACCUUUCUUCGAGGGCCACUUCCUCCAAGUGCUGUUUGACCGCAUGUCCCGGAUUCUGGAUCAGCCAUACAGCCUGAACCUGCAGGUGACCUCGGUCCUGUCCCGGCUUGCCCUCUUCCCCCACCCCCAUAUCCAUGAGUACCUCCUGGAUCCCUACAUCAGCCUGGCCCCCGGCUGCAGGAGCCUGUUCUCCGUGUUGGUGAGGGUGAUCGGGGACUUGAUGCAGAGAAUCCAGAGGGUGCCCCAGUUCCCGGGCAAGCUGCUCCUGGUGCGCAAGCAGUUGAUGGGCCAGGCUCCUGGGGAGCAGCUGGACCAUCAGACCCUACUCCAGGGCGUGGUGGUGCUGGAGGAGUUCUGCAAGGAGCUGGCUGCCAUUGCCUUUGUCAAGUUUCCCCCGAAUGGUCCUCUCCAGAACGUCUCCCCAGCCCCGGAUGGGCAGAUCUGAGCCAGGAGCAGGGCGGUGGGAGACUCCUGUUUGCACCUCUGCCCCAGAGCUGCCUCCUGUCUGGCACUGCCACCGCCACCAUACUCCCCUCCUGGGAUUGGGGGCUUUGGCUCUUAUGCUCACUCAAGGAGGCCAUGGCAUGUUGACCACACCAGACUGGGUUUCAGGGAAUGGGCCUGCCAGGUGCCAAGGAGCCAAACAGAUGGCUUUCCAGGUGGCAGGGUCCUUGGGGCUUUCUUGAAGGAGCUGGGUGAUGGCCAGGUGAGCACCCAAACCCCAGACCCUCAGGUGCUCUGUGCUUGGCCCCCUCUGUACUGACCAUUUGUGGCCAGGGCCAAGACCUGUGACUCAACUCCACGGGCAAGAUGGGGAGUGAGCUGAUGCCUCCAAGACUGGUGGGGAGCCCAGGCAGGGAGAUGGGGCCUGGAGCCCUGUCUGUCACAUUAGGUAUCAUGGGAGCUGGUGAGACCUGACAUUUUGUCCCUUUCUUCAUGGCUUGGCCCAUGGAGGAGCAGUUAAUGGGAUUGUCGGGGAAGCCCCCUCUUCCUGCUCCGCUCCCCUGGAAACUGUUGUGAAACUCCUAGCCGCCUCAUGGCAAAUGCCCAAAGCAUGUUCCACACCCAGGCGGGGGCUGCUGCUAAUGAGAACCUUGGUGCAGCUGCUGCCAGGAGGGGAGCAGGCCCAGGAGCUGGGGAGCCGGGGAGCUGGGUGCCCGGCUUUGGUCCAGCUGGUUCCUCUGGCACCUUCUGAACCCGUCUCAGCAGGUCCACAGCACCUGGAUAGAGAGGUCAGAGACUAGGAGAGGCCGGGCCUCGCCCUCCCUUCUGCCCAGUGCCCAGUGUUCUUGAUGGAAGACCCUUCUGGGGGACCAGGGAGCUCAGGAGACAGAUGAGGGCAGGGCACUCCCAGACUCCAGGCCCCUGGGCCUGGCAGGGAGUGGCUGUGGCCCAGGCAGCCAGUCCUGGUGUUGUUCUCCCUGCCUGCCCUCCGUGGCUGGGGCUGCCACCCCACCCGGUCUGAAUCUGUCUUGACCUGCAGGAAUACACAGGCGGCGCCAGGCAUUACCUCACAGCAGGACUACACAGUUGCUGGCUUUGCUUCUGGGCAAGGAGGAGCAGGCCAGAGCCUCUUUCGCUUCCUUUUCUUGCCCAUGCUGCUUCUAGAAGCCAGGCACAGGUUGCCAAGGGGUGACACGAAACAGGAGGAAACUCAGUGACCUCUGCCUCUCCCGAAUUCCUCCCCGCGGGGGAGGACCUCGCCACUCUGAGAGCACUGUGCCGUGUGGGUACAGGAACGUGGGUUAAUGUGGACGGGUUAAUGCAGAUCUCCGUGGAUGAACUAGGAUUGGACUCCUAGAUUCAUAAAAUGUUCAAGGGUCUGGGAGUCACAGACCCUCCCCUCUCCUCAAUGCACUUUGGUGUCUGCACGGUGUCUUCCCCGGACAGCACAGCAAUAAAUGGUGUGAUUGCGUGGA